UCAAAGAACAUAAAACCUGAGGGCCAAGAAGCUAUCUUGACAAACUUGGCAAGUCAUUCGUCAGUGCCACAAGUAGGCUGUGUAAGAAUCCCUGCAGUGAUUUAAAGAGACAUUCAUCAGGUACGCAACAUCUACCAACAUGGGCAGAAUUUCAAGAGUAAAAGAUGUCUUCGCCAUAACUCUUUUGCUGCUUGGGGCCAUGUUGGUACUUGUUUACUUCAAUGAGCCUCAAUCCUGCUAUCAAGAAUCAGCGAUUUCAGAAGAAGAUCACAAGUCCUCGCGCAAAACGUCCUCACUGUUAAGAUGGCAUCAGAAAAUGAAACCAGGGAAUCUGUCGCAAGAUUUACCAACAAUAUGUAAACGAAACACAACGGUUGCAAAUAUCUCCGGCUUUGAGUCCUUUUCUCCUAUAGUUCAGGACUUUCUCUACUAUCGUCACUGUCGCAGUUUCCCCAUGAUACUGGACCUUCCUGAUAAAUGUGGAGGAGCUGAUGAGCCUGAGGACGUCUUUCUUUUGCUUGUUAUUAAAAGCUCCCCAAAGAACUAUGAGCGAAGAGAGGUUCUACGCAAGACCUGGGCUGAAGAGAGGUCAUACAAGGGAAAGAUCAUUCGAAGAAUCUUUAUUAUCGGAACGGACGGUUCAGAUUUUGAGAAGGAGAGACUGAACCAACUUGUCAUGUUGGAGCAUCAACAUUACAGCGAUAUCCUCCAAUGGGACUUUAAGGAUUCCUUUUUCAACCUCACUUUGAAGCAGAUACUCUUCCUCCAGUGGAUGGAAAGACGUUGUCCACAGGCUCGUUUCCUGCUGAAUGGUGACGACGACGUCUUUGCAAACACCAACAACAUGGUUGAAUAUCUUCAAAGCCUUAAAGAUAAUGAUGGAAGCAAGCACCUUUUCACUGGCCAACUGUUAAGGUAUUCGCCUCCUGUAAGAGAGCCAUGGAGCAAGUAUUUUGUUCCAUUUCUGGUGUAUCAAAAAGACUUCUACCCAGCCUACUGUUCAGGCGGGGGAUACCUUCUGUCAGGUUAUACAGCUUCGGUCAUUUACAAAAUAUCUGCAUCCAUCCAAAUUCUUCCUAUUGACGAUGUUUACAUGGGAAUGUGUUUGGCUGCAUUGAAACUUAACCCAGACUCUCACAUGGGCGUAAAAACACUAUGGUACGUUCCCUCUAAGAAAGUUGAUACAUAUCACCCCUGUUUCCUUAAAGAAUUACUUUUGAUGCAUAAAUUCCCCCCCAGUGAUGUAUAUUUCUUGUGGCACCAAAUAAAUAACCCAAAUCUGAACUGUAAUGCCAAAACUUGAGCUGCACCCUCGCCUGUCGUCAUAGGGAGACGUACAGGUCAAUUGUUCCUGGCCAAACUGGCUCCCUGACCAUUGAAUUAUGGGCAAGAAUAAUUUUUCAAAUGUGAAAACUAUUUAAUUUUUGAUUCAAUAAAACAUCUAUAUCUACAUCUACCACACCAACACAAAGUGGUUGGGCCAUUAAGACAAUUUUGAUCAA